UUCCCCAGGGACCCUCCUUUUCUGCAGCAGCGCCUCCGCGCCCGCGGCGCCAUGUCGUUCCGCUACGGUUACGGCGGGGGCCUCGGUGGAGGCGCGGGCGGCCUCGGCGGCGCGUACGGCUCGGGCCGCGCGUACGGCGCCAGCGGCAUGUACGGCGCGGGCGGCCUGUACGGCGCGGGCGGCGCGUACGGAGGCGGGGGCGCGGACAUUCAGGGGCAACGGCGGAGGGCGGGGGACUGGCCCAGAGGGGGGGCCAGUGGACCCCAUCUGGGCAUGGGCCCCGCCCCACCCCAGAAGGCGCAGCUUUGCCGACCUGCCGGCCAUGCAUCGCCGAUCGCCGCCCCCCCCCGUGCCAGUUGCCCCCCCCCCGCCUCGCCCCCUGACAGGACUGCGGCACGGCGUGCUGCGCGACCACCACCUCCUGCAUGGGCUGCGGCCCCGGCGCCGGCGCGGCGUGCGCUGAGGGCUCGGGCUGCGGCGGCGGCGGCGGCACGAUCCUGAGCUACGUGGGCCCGGGGGGCGACUACGUCCAGGAGACCACGUACAAGUACGUGGGCAUGGGCGCGGGCGAGUUCGGGGCGGUCCGCAUCCCUGGGCGCGGCCCGAACUGCUGCCUGAUCUGCCUCGUGCCCCUGGGGCUGUCGCUCCUCCUGCUGCCCCUCCUGCUCUUCGCGAUGGCGCCGGGCUCGACGACGACCACCACGACGACGACCACCACCCCGGUGAUCAUCACGACCACUCCGCCGCCGGACACCACCACCGCGAAGACCACCACCACGAAGGCCACGACGGCUGCGCCCCCGCCCCCGCCCCCGCCGCCCCCGCCCCCGCCGCCGCCCCCCCCGCCCCCGCCGCCCCCGCCGCCCACGACCACGGAGAAGAAGAUCAACUGCGGCGAGGGCGACGUCGUGUCUUGGGAUGUGCCCAAGAAGGUGUACUGUUGCCUGCACGAGGGCAAGGGCUGCCCGACGACGCCGGCUGCGCCCAGCACCAUGCCGGCGCCGGUCGUGCCCGUCGCGCCGGUCGCGCCUGUGGUGACAACCGCGAUGAGCACCACGUCCCCGUGCCCGAUCGACUGCAACGCCGGCUACAACGACCUCGACCCGCUGCAGUGGGUGCGUGGCUGGUCUGGCGAGAAGAAGAUCUACUGCUGCAAGACCGCCAACAAGGGCUGCCCCUCGGAGCUGCCCCCGCCCUCGGGCCUCCCGCAGGGCGACGCGCCCCCCGAGGAGGACAAGAGCGAGUACGACUGCGACGCGGGCUACCACCACUGCAUGCACUGCCUGGAGCUGUCGUGGUCCCCGGGGAAGAUCGCCUACUGCUGCAAGAACCAGCACAAGGGCUGCAAGGGCGAGGAGCCGGAGUGAGGAGCCCGCCCGCGCGGCUCCGCCGUUCGGGCUUGAUGCGGGUGGGCCGCCCGCAGCUCUCGCCUCUCGAGCGGCUGCCCCCGUUUCUGUUUCUGUCGUUGUCGAGGGGGGCUGGUCGC